CACAAUCACUUAAAAAAAGAGAAAAGAAUAAAAAAUAUACAUUUCGUGUUUUUGAUACUCAAAAAUGAUCGUAGGCUCCAACUCAAUGAGUUUCUCUCUACUUACCAUUCUUCUUCUCUUCUCUACUUCAAGUUUCUUAAACACUUCUGCGUCUCUUACACCUGACUUGUGUCGUCCCGACCAACGGGAUCUCCUUUUGGAGUUGAAGAACGAGUUUCAGAUUCAAAGGCCGUGUGAGUUUCUUGACCUUGAUGGUGGUAAUCUGAUGACGAAAUCAUGGGGGAAUGACAGUGACUGCUGUUCUUGGGACGGAAUCAAAUGUGAUGCCAAGUUUGGCGUUGUGAUUAUGCUAGACCUGAGCUUUAGCUGCCUCCAUGGUCCGCUCAAAUCCAACAGUAGUCUCUUUAGACUGCCGUAUCUCCGUGCUUUGAGCCUUUCUUACAACAACUUCACUGCCUCUCCCAUCCCACCUGAGUUCAGCAAACUCAAGGAGUUAGAAAUACUUGAGCUCUCUCGGUCUUCAUUUUCAGGGUGCAAUAUAACGGAGUUUCCCAAGUUCAUAAGAAACCAACCAAAUAUGACUUCUCUAGAUCUUUCUAACAACAAAAUCAAAGGUCUGGUACCGGACUGGUUAUGGAGACUACCAAAGUUGUUGGAAGUGGUACUUUUUAACAACUCUCUCAGCGGUUUCAAGGGAUCCGUAGAAGAUUCCUCUGGAAGUAGUCUUGAUAUCUUAGAUCUCAGUUCAAAUGCUUUCCAAGGACCACUCUUCAUUCCAUCCAGAUUUGUUCAAUGUUAUUUGGUCUUCAAGAACAACUUCACUGGACAAAUAUCUCCAUCAAUAUGCCGACUAAGCUCAACCACUCUAGAUUUAUCUAGCAAUAACUUCUAUGGCUCAAUUCCUCCGUGUUUAGCAACUCUGAAGAGUCCUCUUUCAGAUCUGAAUCUUCGUAACAACAGCCUCAACGGAAGUCUUCCUGAAAUGUUUAUGAACGCCAAGAAGUUAAGGUCACUCGACGUCAGUCACAACCGAUUGGUGGGAAAACUUCCAACAUCGCUAAAGAGUUGCUCUAGCCUCCAAGUUUUGAAUGUGGGAAACAACAAAAUCAACGACACUUUUCCAUUGUGGUUGGAUUCUCUACAAAAUCUACGAGUUCUUGUACUCAGCUCUAACGAGUUUCAUGGUGAGUUGCAUCACUCCCAAGCUUCUUUUGGGUUUCAGCAAUUGCGAAUCAUUGACAUAUCUCAUAAUCACUUUACGGGUACCUUAAGAUCUGAUUACUUCAUGAAUUGGAGGGCAAUGUACUCAAAUGGAGACAAUACGCAAUGGAAGUACAUGGGAGGCAAAGCAUACUACUAUGAUUCAAUUAUUUUGAUGAGCAAAGGAAUAGAGAUGAAGAUGCAACGUAUCCUCACAGUCUACACAGCCAUUGAUUUUUCUGGAAACAAAUUCCAUGGAGAAAUUCCUGAAUCCAUCAGUUUGUUAAAGGAACUUCUUAUUCUAAAUUUGUCAAGAAAUGCUUUCACGGGCCACAUCCCAUCGUCUUUCGCAAACCUUACAGCGCUUGAAUCACUGGACAUAUCCCAAAACAAGAUUUCAGGAGAGAUCCCUCAAAAGCUAGGGGACCUUUCUUCUCUUGAGUGGAUAAACGUUUCACAUAAUCAGCUUGUAGGUUCAAUACCUCAAGGCACACAGUUUCAACGACAGAAUUGCUCUUCCUACGAGGGAAAUCCCGGACUUUACGGUCCUUCUCUUAAAGAUAUAUGUGGAGAUAUAUAUACGUGCCAGUACCAACAUCACCACAAACUGAACCACUAGAAUCAAGAGAAGAAGACGAAGAAGAGGAAUGGUUGAGUUGGGUAGCAGCAGGGUUAGGCUUUGCACCUGGAAUUGUAUUUGGAUUAACGAUCGGAUACAUAGUGGCUUCAUACAAGCAUGAGUGGUUUAUGAAGACUUUUGGGCGAAACAAGCAUGGAGGCACCCGCACCCGAACCCGUUAGCUCAUCGAUCUCUCUCCCCUAAUCAUUUCUUGUUAUAUUCAAUAUCAUGAUAUUUUGUUGUACUGCAAGAAAAAAGAAAGAAAGUUAUACUUAAGGGGAUGACAAGGUUCUAGUUAUAA